AAUCAAACGCAAAACUAUAAUAACAAGGCAGUAAAACUUAUUCCCUUUUUUCACCAUACACAAAAAAACAACAUUACUCAUUCUCUGUCACAAAAAAACCAGCCCCAUCAGUUUCUCUAUUUCUUGACAGAAAACUCAGUUUUAUUUUCUAACUCCAAAAAUCUUUGUCUUGAAAAUCAAGGAGGAAACCAGUAAGACGGUCUUACAGUAAGUUGAAUAUGCAUUGCCAUUGCCUAAUCAAUGCAUUCGACAGCAAAGCUCCUGCUAAGUACAAUGAAGAAACUGCAGACACUACUGGUAAACUGAUCAUUCAAGGUACUGUAAUCUUGCAGAAGAAGAAGACUGUGUCUGAUCGACUGUUUUCGUCGAUUUUUCGACGAAAGAAGAUUUAUGUUCAGCUUGUUACUGAUCCUGAAAAUGACUUGAAAGGUAAACUUGGAAGACGAACAUACUUAAAAGAAGAGAUCACAAAACUCACUGGUUUGGGUGAUGGUGAGACUGCAUUCAGAGUUAGAUUUAAUUGGAAUGAGGAGGUUGCUCUUCCUGGGGCAUUAAUAAUAAGAAAUGAGCAUAGCAGUGAAUUUUAUCUAAGGACCGUCACCUUGGAAGGCGCCCCCAGUCAUGGAAAGAUCCACUUUCUUUGCAACUCUUGGGUCUAUCCGUCUCAUUGCUACCAGAAAGACCGCGUAUUCUUCAGCAAUAAGACAUACUUACCUCAUCAAACUCCUGCACCAUUAAUCAAAUAUCGAGAAGAAGAGCUAGAGAUUUUGAGAGGGAAAGGAAAAGAAAAUGAUAUGCUAGAGGAAUGGGAUCGUGUUUAUGAUUAUGCAUACUACAAUGAUCUAGGAGAACCAGAUAAAGGUCCGGAACAUGAACGUCCUAUAUAUGGAGGAAAUGCUGAAUAUCCUUAUCCACGUAGAGGACGAACAAGCCGUCCACCAACAAAGACAGACCUUCUUACCGAGAGCAGGUUGCCACUAGUCAAGGGCAAAGAUGUCUAUAUCCCAAGAGACGAAAAGUUCAGCAACACCAAGUUGGCUGAUUUCUUAGGUGAUACUGUUAAGUCUUUAUCUCACGGCGUUGCUGGUUUGCUGGAUGCGGUAGUUGACAUGACACCGAUGGAGUUUGACAGUUUUCAAGAUGUAUUAGACAUGUAUGAAGGAGGAAUUAAGUUGCCAAAUAAUCCAUUACUUGGAAAAAUUAGGGAGGACGUACCAACUGAAUUCCUGAAAUCGCUUGUUCGUACUGAUGGUGCACAUUUUCUCAAGUAUCCAAUGCCUGAUAUAAUAAAAGAGGAUAAAUCAGCUUGGAGGACUGAUGAAGAAUUUGUCAGGGAGAUGCUAGCUGGUAUAAAUCCUGUUGUUAUUAGUCGGUUAGAGGAGUUUCCUCCAGUUAGUAAGCUAGAUGCUAAUCGUUAUGGAAACCAGAACAGCUCAAUUACCAAAGAGUGCAUAAAACAAAAUCUACACGGGUUAACUGUAGAAGAGGCAAUCCAGAAUAACAGGCUAUACAUACUGGAUCACCAUGAUACAGUAAUGCCAUUCUUAAGGCAAAUUAACACAGAAACUUCUUCAAAGGUCUAUGCCACUAGGACACUUCUCUUCCUAAAAGAUGAUGGAACUUUGAAGCCAUUAGUAAUCGAGUUAAGUCGACCACAUUCAAAAGGGGAUCAGUUUGGUGCCGUUAGUGAAUUAUAUACACCAGCCAAGGAUGGGGUAGAAGCAUCCCUUUGGCUAUUGGCUAAGACCUAUGUAGCUGUUAAUGACUCGGCUUACCAUCAACUCAUCAGCCACUGGUUAAACACUCAUGCAGUGAUAGAACCAUUUAUAAUUGCAACGAAAAGACGGUUGAGUAUUCUUCACCCAGUUAACAAAUUGUUACAUCCUCACUUCCGUGAUACAAUGCCAGUCAAUACAAUAGCACGGCAGAUUGCUCUAAAUGCUGAUGGGUUGUUUGAGGCAGCUGUGUAUCCCCGAAAGUAUGUUGUGCAGUGGACAUCUUCACUGUACAAAGACUGGGUUUUUACUGAUCAAGCCCUUCCUAGAGACCUUAUCAAGAGAGGAAUGGCAGUCAAGGAUUCGGAAAGCCCUCAUGGAUACAAGCUGUUCAUAGAGGACUACCCAUAUGCUGUUGAUGGGCUAGAAAUUUGGUCUGCAAUUGAGACUUGGGUCAGAGAAUAUUGUUCGUUUUACUAUAAAUCUGACGACAUGAUUACCAAUGAUCCUGAACUACAAUCCUGGUGGAAAGAAAUCCGGGAAAUAGGUCAUGGAGACAAGAAGGACGAGAAGUGGUGGCUAGAAAUGAAGACAUUAGACGAGUUAACAGAAACUUGCACAACCAUUAUAUGGGUGGCAUCUGCUCUUCAUGCAGUAGUUAACUUCGGACAAUACCCUUACGGUGGAUACAUGCCUAACAGGCCAACUAUAAGCCGAAAGUUCAUGCCACAACCAAACACUCCCGAGUUUGAAGAACUAAAGACAAACCCGGAUGGUGUUUUCUUCAAGACAGUAUUAAGCCAAGCCAGAACAUUGGCUGCUAUUUCAGUGAUAGAGCUUAUAUCGGGGCAUUCAUCAGAAGAGGUGUAUCUUGGACAACGAGAGUCUGGAUGGACUUCUGACUCUCCGCCAUUAGAAGCACUUGAAAGAUUUAGUAAGACGCUAGUAGAGAUCGAAAACAGGAUCCUAGAACGGAAUAAUGAUCCGAAACUGAAGAAUCGGGUUGGUCCAGCAAACUUGCCCUUCACGUUACUGUGCCCUUCCAGUGGAGUAGGGAUUACUGGCAGGGGAAUUCCUAACAGUGUCUCUAUUUGAUGUGGUUUUAGCACUUUUGAAGCAAUGAACUUAUAUAUUUGUCUAUAAAAUAAGAUGGUUUGAAGUAGCUUAGGAGGUCAGAUUAUGAGCAAGGUCAUUAGAAACACCAUGCUGUAGAAUGUAGAUACAUGCAAAGCUGAGACAUAUGAGUAAGUAAACCUUGGUUGUAACUUGUAAGGUGCCAUUAUUGUAGUUUUUAUAAACCAUGUUGUAAGAUGUUAGGAAUUUUCCUGUAAUUGAAUACAUAGAUGGUUGCUCGGCUCUUAUGGUCAACCUUCUUUCUCCGUCACAAAGAUGGUUGUUAGGAAUUUUACUGUAAGAUAUUCAAAAUUAAGACAUUUUAUUCUUUCUUUGUUGGUGAUACUGCA